UUUAAUUUAAACUGUUUAUACUCGUCUUAUUUAUAUUCGAAUGCGUUUCGAUAAAAUAUUUGCUUCAUGAAAAACGGGCUUAAUUUCUCUUAGAGCGAUUCAGAUAUCUUUGUUUGAAAACGCUACUGCAACGUAAUUCUCCGUAAGGAAAUAAUCAAAAUAACGUCAUUACAGCUAUCGAAGUUACAGUUUAACGAGAGGAACGGAGCAAUUACCGUGAACUGUUUUUUUCUCACGAUAAUUGCACUUUGAUGAGUUUCUGAGAAACUCAACAAAAAUGUUUAACUUUAGGACUACUCUACUUCUAAUAUGUUGUGGGAUAUAUUGUACAGUAGCAUCUCCCAAAGGAACUUUAAAAGGUCCAACAUUCAACAAAGCAUAUACAGUGAAAGGAACUUUGUAUAUACCAUAUGCAGAGAUUCGUGAGCCUUUUUAUGCAUGGUAUGAUGGUGCCAGUGGGUCAAGUCGGAUUGAUUACUAUGGAGGAAUGGUUAAAACCUAUCAACUGUCUCACAAAGGACAAUAUGGAGCCAGCAUAAAAAUAGCACCUGUUACUACAGAGAGUGUUACUAAUGAAGAUACAUGUCUUCAAGUAAAUGGCACAAGUGACAUGAAGAUACACCCUCAAACUAUCCUCCCAGAUGCAUCUGAGAUGGAAUGCAUUGGGGAAGAGAUGAUAAAUGGGUUAAUGUGUGAAAAAUGGCGACUUGUACAAGAGAUUGGAGAGAAAACAAAUAAGUAUACACUCUGGAUACGUUAUAAGAAAUCACCUUAUGUACCGAAACUAAAAGAAGCUAUUCCUGUAAGAUAUGAAAUGCGAGGAUUUAAUAGUCUCUUAGGUUCACAUUAUGAUCAUUAUUAUCUGGACUAUGAUUGGUAUUCCUCUGAAACACCUAGCUCUGAUGUCUUUAAAAUUACGGGAAAUGCUACAUGUGUCAGCUUCCCAGGUCCAGGAGAAAAUCACAUAUAUACUUUUAAUCCAAUGCGUGAAUUCAUUCACAAUUAUGAGGAUCAUCUGGAUGAAGCGUUUUACAACUUCAAAAAGACUCAUAAGAAAUAUUACAACAAUGACAUGGAUCACAGAUAUCGAAAAGAAAUAUUCAGACAGAACAUAAGAUUUAUCCAUUCGAUGAACCGUGCCAAUUUAGGCUAUCAGUUGACCGUGAAUCACUUAGUAGAUCGUACUGAUCUCGAAUUGAGGGCUUUACGAGGGAAACAAUAUACCAAAGGUUACAAAGGCGGAGCAUUGUUCCCGCACGAUAUCAAAAAAGAGAUUGCAGAUAUUCCUGAUAGUAUAGAUUGGAGAUUGUACGGUGCUGUGACGCCAGUUAAAGAUCAAUCCGUUUGCGGCUCUUGUUGGAGUUUUGGUACCACCGGAGCAGUAGAAGGUGCAUAUUACAUGAAGUACAAUAAAUUGGUGCGCUUAUCUCAACAGGCUCUCAUUGAUUGUUCGUGGGGUUAUGGAAAUAAUGGAUGCGACGGUGGAGAGGAUUUCCGUGCAUACCAGUGGAUCAUGAAGCAUGGUGGUUUACCUACUGAGGAAGAUUAUGGUGGUUACUUGGGACAGGAUGGAUAUUGCCAUAUAAGUAACGUAACGGCUACAGCCAAAAUCACGGGUUACGUUAACGUUACUCCACUCAAUAUAGAAGCUCUGAAAAUCGCCAUCGCCAAACAUGGCCCCAUCUCCGUUGCUAUCGAUGCUUCCCACAAGACAUUCUCUUUCUACUCUCACGGAGUGUAUUAUGACCAAGCUUGUGGUAAUACUGAAGACAAAUUGGACCAUGCCGUUUUGGCCGUUGGUUAUGGCACUAUAAAUGGAAAAGACUAUUGGUUGGUGAAGAAUUCCUGGUCAAAUUAUUGGGGCAACGAUGGCUAUAUUCUCAUGGCGCAGAAGGAUGACAAUUGUGGUAUUCUUCUCGCUCCUACAUACGUUACUAUGUAAGAAUAUUCCUAUUCCUAAGAGCUCCCUAGUCGUUCAUUAUUUGAGGCUCUCUAGUAUUCAAUUAAUGAAGAUUGCGCAAAGUAUCAAAUAUAUUUUAGACAUUUAAAAAAAUUUUUUUAAUAUUUUAAUUUUAUCUUUUUUUUUUACGAUGAACGACAUGAGCUCUAUAAAUAAAAUUGUUGGAGAUUAUACUUGCUAUGUGUUACAAAGGAAAAUAAAACAUUUUGUAAUUAAUAGAA